AUCCUCGCCAGGCUAUUUAACAAUAUAAUCGACAUCACUACCAUCACUUUGGCCUUUUAUUAUAGCAACUAUAACUGCAAUUCCCCAAGAUUAUAUCAUCUCAGGAUAACUUCACCACCAUUGCUCCAUUGCUCCAUUGCUAUUGCGCAAAGACCUAAGCAUUUUUACUCGGCUUACCUCGCAAAACACAGACAUUAGCUUUUCGCUGCAUAAUUUAGCUACCGACGAUCUCUUGCAAGUUUUUGAAAAUUUGCUAUAACUCGGGAACCCCUCCCCUUUGGAAUCUGCAAACUCGACAGUAUUACCAAAAUGAACCGAAACAGCACGCCGGAUGCCUCGACUGCUUCGACGCUUCGUCCACCAUCCUCACGAACAGGCGCUACUAACAAUCAUCACCUCCGUGCAUCCGCCGAUAUGGCCGCUCUUACUGGUACCGCGACCUCAGGCCGUAUCCGUCCCUCUUCAGAUUUCUAUGGCCAACAGGGCCAGGGUCAGGGGGCCGCUGAUGCGGAUCCGCAGGACAAAGUAACACAGCAGUGGAUUGCUGACAUUGAUCAAUAUGAGACAACUUUGGAAGAAAUGGCUGCUGCCACUCUGGAUCAGGACUUCAAGGAUGAACUCAGUGCCAUUGAACAGUGGUUUCGGGUCCUAUCCGAGGCCGAGCGUACUGCUGCUUUGUAUGCCUUGCUUCAGCAGACUACCCAAGUCCAAAUUCGUUUUUUUAUCCAGGUCCUUCAGCAAAUGGGGAAAAACCACCCCAUGUCUGGUGUCCUAUCUCCGGCCAAUUUUGACAAAGAUCCCAUGUCGAAUCGCCUUACCGAUGCUAUGAGCAAAUUGAACGUUGGGUCAGCUCGAAAUUCCCUUUCGCAACCCCAAGCAUCGACCAAGAGGCACUCUGGACUUGACCCGUCAACCAUCAAUGCUAUGUUCCCUGAUGCUGCGGCAGCCAUUGCUACUGAGAAGGCCAAGUUUACUCAACAGACCGGGAAUCAGCCCCCUUCGAACCGUAAUAGCACGGCUGUAGAUAUCCGAAGCCCCUUGGGUGCGCCCACCAUCUCUGCGCCUUCUGAAGGUCUUGAUCCUAACGCCCAGAAUCCUGCAUCGCCUUGGGUCAGCAGCCAUGACCAAGGAGGUUCGCGGCCAAAGUCAUCAUCAGGCCAGACCCCCAUGGGUCAGUUUGUUCAGCCCCCACCUUCUGCAGGUCUGAGAUCGCCUCGACCCCAACUAGGCGGCGGUAAUAUUCAAAGCACCACGCUUACCGCCCCAGACAAGUCAGCAACCGACUUGCCAAUGUUCUCACCCUACACGGCUGGAAGUGGAAACUGGGCUUCUAUGGUGAAUACUCCUAUGGUUCCGACGUUUAACACGGGUAAUUCCGCCAACCAGGCAGACAUGGUGGCCAAUGCAACGGCAAUGAAGCUCGCAGCAUUAUCUACGGUCAACAAUCGUUUUGCCCUCGAUGAUGUACGCAAGUACCGAAGAGCUCGUUCUAACGACGCCCCGGGCCAGGGCCAAAACUCGAUCCAAUCCGGACCUCAGGCAUCAAAUAUUCCUGGAGCGAAUAUCAUCAUGGUUAACGAGCACGGUCAGGUUCUAAAUCGAGACCAGAUGCUCGCCAUUCAAAACCAGCAAAUCAUGGGUGGAUUCGCAGCUCAUAGGUCUCGUCCAAACUCACCCGGCAUAGCGAUGCAAGGUUUCGGACAAGUCCCUUUCGCUUCUCCGCAGAAUAACGGGUUCCUGAGUGCGUAUGACAGCGCGCAAAACCCCCUGUUGAACAAUGGACUCAGUGCUAUCAGUAUGGGUCAGCUUGGUGUCGGUGUUCCUGAGGGCUACCUGUCUGACCAUUCUGAUUUGGCUCGCGGCCGAUCGCCGCGUGGUCGCCGUGGCACUUCGAAGCCCCCAGAGGACCCUACCGACCCGACCCUUCUGCAAGAUAUACCAGCUUGGUUGAGAAGUCUGAGACUGCACAAGUACACCGAGAAUUUGAAGGAAUUGAAAUGGACGGAGCUGAUUGAGCUUGAUGACAAAGCUCUGGAAGAACGUGGUGUCAAUGCCCUUGGAGCUCGUAGGAAGAUGCUGAAGGUCUUUGACCAAGUCAAGGAUGCCAAGGCAGAGGGCAAGCUGGGCUAGCCACUGCAAUCUAAUAAUGGUGAUAUUCGCCCACUACCACUGGAAUCUUGCGGCUUUCU